UGAAAGUCUGGAAUAACAAUAACAGUACGACUAUCCAUUUGGAUAUUACUCUCGAGUUGCUUCAGCACUUUGCACUUCAGUCUCAUAUGAUACUGAAUGGAACAGACAGGCAUUCAAAUUAAAGUUCAACACAGCGUUAAUAAUAGCGCAUCUCUGUGGUGCCUUGGGUUACGGCUGUCAAAGAAGAGGUCACGCCCUUGUUACUUAAAUCUCAGAAAAGGCUUGCACCAGUUCAUGGCUGCAAGGUACAAAGUGAGGCGCAAUGAAAUGUCCAUGUGGGCAUGUGUUCUUCAGAUGCUGGGGCUGCUAUUGGUUUGUGGUUCAUAGUGUAUUUAGGGCAGCAACAAGGCAGAGAGGGGGGCCCAGGUUGUGCCUGGCAGGCGUCUUCUCUCAGCCAAGAUGUGCGCAUGAAUCUGAAAUUACCCAAGAGGGUGUUUCAGAGUGGCCUGCCAAAGAGUGGUGUCUUCUAAUCUGGAGAGCAGCUGCUGGGCACAGGCACGGAAACACAGACACACUCACACAGACACACACUCGCAGAGCCUAUACCUGACUCUACUUGUCUGCACCGGGCAGAUGGUUCCUUGCUUUUGGGUAGCCUCAUCCUGCAGCCCAGUCCAGUCAGAAUCUUUCUUCCGUGGAGACUGGCAAGCUGUGGGCUGAGGGUUUCAGCAAGGUCACUUGUCUUCAGAGUAUGAAGGACGCUGCCCGGAGAAGGAAGAGGGUCAUAUUUAGUGUUUGGGCCCCGCCUGUACUGGGCUCCCCAUUGUCUAUCCUUCGCACAACUGCCGGAACUGUUACUGACCCCCGGUUGCAAACUGUCUGUGGCUUUGAAGCCCACAAAACGAAAACCGAGAGGGUACCCAAAAAGAAAAGAAGAAAACAUUAUUGCUGGUCCCCGGAUUCCACAACUGGACUUUGGUGGGGAUAAGAAGAGAGAACUACCCUGUUCGAUCAAGCAAAGGUACCUGCACAAUAAGGUCUUAAAGAAUGCGUUCCAAAAGCAGUGACACGGAGGGCUCGCCCCAAAAGCAACUUGCAAGACACAGUAAAGACCACAGUUUCCAAGGUCCUAAAGACAUGAAGCAGAGACAGCAAGGCAAAGGCCUUGCCAGUGAGUUGGAUGCAAUCCUUCCAUGUCCCAAGUCAGAGAAGCCACACAGUGAUAACGGCCACCAAGGAGAAGACCUCUCAAAAGAUGACCUAUUAUUUCUCCUCAGCAUUCUGGAAGGAGAACUGCAGGCUCGAGAUGAAGUCAUAGGCAUUUUAAAGGCUGAAAAAAUGGAUUUGGCUUUGCUGGAAGCUCAGUAUGGGUUUGUCACUCCAAAAAAGGUGCUAGAGGCUCUCCAGCGAGAUGCUUUUCAAGCAAAAUCUGCCCCCUGGCAGGAGGACAUCUACGAGAAACCAAUGAAUGAGCUGGACAAAGUUGUGGAAAAACAUAAAGAAUCUCACAGACGAAUCCUGGAACAGCUUUUAAUGGCAGAAAAAUCCCACAGGCAAACCAUGUUGGAGUUGGAGGAAGAAAAGAGAAAGCACAGAGACUAUAUAAAGAAGAGUGAUGAAUUCAUAAGCUUACUGGAACAGGAAUGUGAAAGGUAAGGCUGCUCUGGACGAGACAGCGACCCAUUCUGCAAACCCUUACUAACCCCUCAGUAUGUGCUGGGCACUGCACCAGGUGUCAGGGAUAAAAGGGUGAACAUGACAGCGUCUGCUCUCACAGUGCAGGGUGAGGAAAGGAUAUGUUUAACAACAAUCCUCAACACAAUGAGAUGUUGGGAUGCCAUGCACCUAACUCUGCAAGGGGCUUCCCUGCUGAGCUGAGAGCGCACAGAGCAGGUGAUAGGGUCUAGUCCCUAAGCAGAAAAAAAAAAGGAAGCCACAUUCAGGGAUGGGGCAGAAACAAGUGUAAUAGUGUAAAGGUAAGAAAAAACCACAGGUACUGAGGGAACUCAAGAGUUUCCAUAUGGCUAUAAUUCAAGGUGUAAUUAUAGGUUGAGGAAAGGAAAAGGUAGCCACGAGCAGCUGAACUUUAUAUUACAAGAAGACAAAUGGCAAGAAGGAGCAGAUGAAAAACUGUAAGAAGGGAAAUGAGAUGAUCAGGUAUGCUUUCUUAAAAAAAAUGUUGGCAACAUGGAAGAAAGACUGGAGGAGCUUUAGACUGGGGCCAGGAGGACCAUAUAAGAGGUAAAUAUCCAGAUGAGAAAAGGUAAUGGUAUGUGUUUCAAUGGCUUUAGGGUCAGAAAGGAGGGGGUGUAAAUAAGAAAUAUUUGUGAUAUAUUUGUUGCCGGUGUUAGCUGCCAUUGAGUCGGCCCUUGACUCAGGGCAACCCCAAGCACAAUGGAACAGAGCACAGGGUCUGUGAUCCACAGGGUUUACAUUGGCUGAAUUUUCCUAAGUGGAUCACCAGGCCUUUCUUCCAAGUCUAUCUUAUAGUCAAAAUAAAUUAGUGACUGAUGAGAUAUUGGAGGCUGGGGUGAGGAAAACAGAGCUAUUGAGAAGUGCACCUGGCUAUUUACCAAGAUACAGAGUACAGGAACGGGCACAGCUUUUUGCUGUUGUAAGAAUUUUGGGAGAAAGAGAGUUAGCAGGGAAGAGGGUAGGAGAUGAGUCCUGUUUUAGACAUCCUGAGUAUGAGGUACCUAGAGUGCAUUCCAAAGUCCAGUGUCGGAGAACGAUAUGUAUAAAGACAACCCACAGUUGGACAUACAGGUCGGGAAAAAGAUGGGCUGGUGACGUGGAUUAGAAUACCUCUGCAGCAGGUGACAGCUGAAGCUGUGGGUGUGGGUGCAGUGAGGAGAGAAGAAGGCUGAGAAUGGAAUCCUGGAAAACAGCAGUGCUCGGUGGUUUUCCGGACGAAAAGAGGUCAAGAAAGGAAGCCAAAAAGAAUGGUGGAGAGUUGGAAGAACCCAGAAAAGAAAGAAGGUGAAGAAACCAACCAAGGAAAGACUUGGAAGAAAGGAUGAACAGUCAAAUGGCAGCAAAUAACACAGAAAACACAAGAAGGAAUGAGGAAUAUUCCAGGAUUUAGCAACAAGGAAGACAUCAGGAACCUUAAUGAGCCAUUUCAAUAAUGCAGUAGGGCAAAAAGUCAAACUGCAGUGCCUUGAAGAAUAAAUAAGAAAUGAGAACACAGAAGCUUAAAAUUCAAAACAUUCUUUUGAAAAGCUUGGCUACAAAGAAAGAGAGGUUGGUUGGUAAACACUUUAUAAUAGGACAGGUCAUUUUGUUCAUUCUGAUCCUCUAUUCUGAAUCACCUGACAAAGUAGGACCAUUUAGAUCAAACUGAAGGACAAUGAACUCUCUCUAUUAACGCUGCAAAGACAGAAAAUAACCAGUCACUGCUAUGUCACAUUUCUACUGGGUAUUCAUUUUACUUUUGUUAUUUCCAUGUGUAUUUCUUUUAUGAGUUACAAUGCUGGAUUCUAACAGUCACAGAAAAAUGCAGGGAAAAAUAAUUACUUGUGAGCUCCCCUUUCUAAAAAAUACUAGUAGUCUCAGCUGCU